AACACGAGACCAAAAUCAUUAGCCCAUUUCUCGUCUAUUUAAUGCUCCUCGCUAUUGGCUCAUUCCCUCCACGUUCCCAUUUUACUUUGUCUACUCUCCAAUAUCCUCCCCCCCCUCUCUCUCUCUCGUAGCAAACACCGAUGGCCGGUAACUCGGAGGACGAAAUCGUCUCCGACGACGUUAAGUUCGGGUUCAAACGCGCAGAAAUGUAUGAGCUUAACCUUACCGGUACUGCUACAAUUUACGAUCGUCACGUAUUCCUUUGCUACAAAUCACAUGAUACAUGGCCUUCUCACCUUGAAUCCUCCGACUCCGAUCCACUUCCCAAGCUAUUUGCUGCUACUCUUAAAGCUCGCAAGGAUGAUAUCAAACUCAAGACUGUUUUGACGAUUUGCGAAGUACGUGAAGACAUUGGACUAUCGGAUGGAGAUGUUCUAAUUUUUCCUGAAAUGAUCAAAUACAGGAGUUUGAAGGAGUCAGAUGUUGAUGCUUUUGUGGAGGAUGUGCUUGUGAAUGGCAAGCCCUGGACUUUUGGACCUCAGGAGCCAAUAAGUGGUGCUUAUGUAUUUGUCUGUGCCCACAACAACCGAGAUCGAAGAUGUGGUGUUUGUGGACCAACUCUGAUUGAGGAAUUCAGCAAGGCAAUUGAGUCCAAGGACUUGAAAAAUGAAGUUUAUGUGACAGCUUGUUCACAUGUUGGUGGCCACAAGUAUGCUGGUAAUGUGAUAAUCUUCAGUGCUGAUAAAGAAGGGAAAAUUGCUGGGCAUUGGUAUGGCUAUGUUACCCCAAAUGAUGUACCUGUUUUUCUUGACGAGCAUAUCAAAGAGGGAAAAGUCAUUGAACGACUUUGGAGGGGCCAAAUGGGACUGCAUGCUGAGAUAACUGAUAAGGUGAACAAGCAGAGUGUUUCCAAUGGAACCACUGCGGACAAAAAAGAAAAUGUGCCUGUAGAAACUGCUAGUCAGGGCUGUUGUCAAGGUGCUGCAGGAUUUUCUUGUUGUAGAGAUGCAAGUGCUGAGGGAAAAGAGGUAGAGAAGAAACAGGGAAGACUUCCUACCUGUUUCAGAAAAUGGGAUAAGCCUGAAGUUUUCACAGCCAUUGGCGUGGUUGGAGCAGUGGCGUUUGUUGCUGUUGCUUACGGAUUUUACAAGAAGUCACAUUGAAAUGUCGUCAAGACAGUGUGUGCAUCCAGAGUUUCUUUUUAGAGAGUAAUGAUGUUACUCUAGACCAUGACAUUUGCCACGUGUUAGGUGUGAAUUUUUCUGAGCACCCUAAAUGGGCCACUUGGUUACACAACUGCCACUACAGAUACCUACAAGUUUAGUCAAUACUCUACAAAGAUGCUUUAAAAUUCCAGGUGUGGAGGUGGUUUUGGUUAAAGAUGAAUAAUAAUAUCAGCAUGGAUUUUGGUAUUUCGUUUAUGCAGGAUGUUGUUGCUAAAGUUUGAAGAUUAAGUUGCUUUGUACAUGCAUUUCACUUGACUAAUACUUUUCAUUUGUCAUAUUCCUCAAACAAACAUUUCAAUACUAAACUUCAAUAUUUGCAAAA